AUGGACGCGCUGGUCGCCAAGUACAGCGGCCCAGCGCACCAGGAGGCCUUCGCCGACGAGGACCAGCAACAAGUCACCGCCGACAUCCAACCGCCGCUCUCCCUCAAAUUCGCCCUCCCGCCCAUCGCCUCAUCACAACAAUGGCUGCGCGCCAUGACCGACGACAACUCCAACCCCAACUGCCCCAUCAAGAUCGCCCACGGAACCACCACUCUGGCCUUCCGCUUCAAGGGGGGCAUCAUCGUGGCGACGGAUUCAAGAGCAACGGCAGGAAACUGGAUUGCGAGUCAGACGGUCAAGAAGGUCAUUGAGAUCAAUAGCUGCUUGUUGGGCACGAUGGCUGGUGGUGCCGCGGACUGCCAAUACUGGCUCGCAUACCUCGGCAUGCAAUGUCGUCUCCACGAACUCCGCCACAAGCGCCGCAUCACCGUCUGCGCAGCGUCCAAGAUCCUCGCCAACCUGGUCUACAGCUACAAGGGCAUGGGUCUCAGCAUGGGCACCAUGUGCGCAGGCGUGACUCCAUCAGAGGGCCCAGCUCUGUACUACAUCGACAGCGACGGCACUCGACUAUCAGGCAACCUCUUCUGUGUCGGAUCCGGUCAGACCUUCGCAUACGGUGUGCUGGACGCGCAGUACAGCUACGACCUGUCAGAUGAGGAUGCGCUCGAGUUGGGACGACGGAGUAUCUUGGCUGCCACGCACAGAGAUGCCUUCUCGGGUGGUUUCAUCAACCUGUACCACGUGAAGGAGGACGGAUGGGUCAAGCAUGGCUUCACGGAUACGAACGGGGUGUUCUGGGAUACCAAGCUCAACAAGGGCGAGUUCUCCAACGUUACGGCGGACUUGGACUAG